AUGCCCUCAGACGCCAAAGGCGGCGCAUCGCGCGACCACAAGCAGGGAAACCAGGAUCGCAAAUACACAGACGAGCAGAAGGCCGCCGUCCUUCGGAUCAGAAAAUGCCAGCCCACUGCCUUUUACGAGAUUUUGCUAGUGGAGCGCUCAUCGACAGAUAAUGAGAUUAAGAAGGCAUACCGCAAACAGAGUCUGUUGACGCACCCCGAUAAGAACGGUUACGACGGUGCCGAUGAGGCGUUCAAGAUGGUCUCGCGUGCUUUCCAGAUUCUCUCCGAUGAGGAUAAGAAGUCCAAGUACGACAAAUUUGGCGGCGAUCCGGACAGCAGGUUCCAACCCGGGCCGAGCGCUGCAAGCGGUGGCUCUCCCUUCAGUGGGUUCGGCGGCGGUGGCGGUGGAUUCCCCCGCGGAGGCGCAGGGUUUGACGAGGAGAUCUCCGCCGAGGAGAUGUUUAACCGGUUCUUCAAUGGUGGAUUUGGUGGAAUGGGCGGUGGGUUCAGUCCUUUCGGUGGACCGCAAUUUGUUUUCAAUAUGGGAGGAGGUCCUGGGUUCCGCGUGCACCAGUUUGGAGGCCAACAACCGCGCCGUCGGCCUCGUGCAGCGGCUGGUGCACAGGAGACUCCGCUAGACGGCCGCAGUUUACUGCGUCAACUGCUCCCGCUCAUUAUUUUGUUCAUUCUGCCGCUCCUUUCCUCUCUAUUCUCUGGCUCCUCGACACCAUCCGGUCCUACUUAUCGAUUUGAUACCCCUGUCUCCCCGCAUACAUUGGGCCGUACGACCCCAAAGCUGAACCUGAACUACUUUGUGAACCCGCUUGAUGUGGACAACUUCAGUGCGCGGAAUUUCCGGGAGCUGGACAAUCGUGUCGAGGUGGAGCAUAUUCGAACAUUGCGAAACAAAUGCGACGCCGAGGCACAUGAGCGGGAACGCAGGUUGCAGGAUGCGCAGGGGUGGAUCUUCCCCGAUGUCGAGAAGAUGAAGAAGGCUCGGGCGAUGGAGAUGCCGGCUUGUCGGCAACUGGACUCGUUGAGGACCAAGGGGAGGUUCUAG